AUGGCUACUACUAUGGACCACACAGCCACCAUCGACGAGAUCCUCCAGGCUUUCGUGGACAAAACCAUCACCCUCGACCAACCUCGCAAGAGAGAGCUCAAGAACCAGAGCGAUACAGUCGAUGGCUAUGCCAAUGCUUGUCUUGAUGUCCAGAUCAUUCUCCUUGAUCGCAUCGGAAACUCACCAUGGACCAGCCUGUCUGAGAGUGUCCAGAACGUCUUGAGCAUCAAGAUCCCCGGAUCAGAGUACUUGGUUCUGAAAGUCCAAUUCGGAGUAGAGGAUCUUAAAGCACUCCCUAUUGCAACUCCGGCCAGACCUCAAGCUGCUUCUGCUUACGUGACGCCACUAAGCCAGGAACUUCCGCAAACCGGCCAGCAUGCAGAGUCUCCUGGUACCGCAGAUAGGGGCUCUGUCAAGCGAAAGGCUGCACCUCUUCUUUCGGAAGCCCUUCGUUCUCUUCCAGACCUCUUCAAGAAACCACGCCUCAGUGGCCCGGACGAUGACUUUUUCCCCAGCGACGACGAAGUCCCAGUAGAUCUCGUUGACGACGAUGACGCUGCCGCUGCUACCGCCAAGUGUCUGACACAAGCAGUCGAUGAUCAAGGCUUUAUCCGCAUCGGUCGACAACCCAUGAGGCCUCAACUAUGGGUUCGAUCAGCUCCAGAGAAAAAGGCAAAUGGUGUCAUCAAAAGGGCUGUUACUCACAAUCACAACAUCAGAGACUCUCGCUUUCCCAACUCGGAUGUAGGCCGUCUACAGCUCGCCGCUACCAAGUUGACUAGAGAACUUGGGGGCCUUAUGAUUGAGUCCAAGACUGGCUGGGUUAAGCUACUCUGUGACUACACCGGCCUCCCGAUGUCAUGGGCUCCUGGACCACGAUCUCCUUCCUUAGAGUCUAUAUACCCAGUGGUCAAAUUUGAGGGUCAUAUUGAGUAUCACGCCCCUCCAAAUGGGCGUCUCAUUAUGGCUUUCAUAAACUGGGCAAAGAGACAACACCUACCGAUUGCUCUCCCCUUGGUUUCUGUUUGGCUCAAUGCAUACCAAGAGCCGAACUUCAACUCUCAGCAACGACAAUGUGUUUGGGCCUUCAAUGCACUCUCAAACACGAUGAUUAUGACUCGGACUUUUCAAGCUAUUGAUAAACACGAGAAUAGGACCAAGCGCUGGAACAGCUUAAGAGUUGAUCAACAGCGUGCCAUCCUUGAGAUGCAACGAACAGGCACAAGGAUACCUGGGGUCGAACACCUGCUUGAAGCAGCCAGUGAGGAUUUUUUAUGGGCCCCAACAUACCGCGGUGCUGCUCCUGCCACCAGACGGAACUUCCACGGGUCCUCUAUCUACAGGAGCCUCAAACACAUCGCCGAAUCAAAGGGCAUCACAACCUUUGAGUUUGAGUACUACUGUACCGUUCUCUCUCCCGGCCGAAUCAGGCAGAGAGUCUUCUACCCAUUUCAUAUUCUCUCAAGGCCCCAAGCUGAGAGCAUCGGGUGGGAUUGGCAUAUUCUGUUCCAGAUCUGUCGGGACAUGCUCAAAAAGAUGCGAAAAGAAUGUAACAAGCACGCAGAGAAAGCAGGCCACGGAGAGGCUCAUGUAGAUGCGGUCCGACUUAUCUACUGGAUGGGAACCUGGGUUUGCGACCAGAUCAGUCGUCUCAAAGCCAAAACUUCCGACAAAGAAGAGAUCGCGUUCUCCUUGAUGCUUGAUCGCUGGGGGUUACCUAUUGUCCCUUGGAUAUCGCAUAUCCUUCGAGUCUCACUUUGCAAGAAACAAGACCAUGGAAUUGCAAUGAUCUUUGGUAUUGAAGACGCCCCUGACUUUGAUCCUGUACAGCAUAUUGAUCUUAAUCGUGCCACUGUUACUCUAGACACGGGCUUUACAAACAUGGCAAUGAGGAACUUUGACGCUGGCUGUUGGGAUAGUCUCCGAGCAAUCCUUAUGCGGGUACCUCUGCAACACCCUUUCUGGAAGGUUGAUCUAUCUCUUGGGGAUAAAGUCUGGGCAGGAGAAUGGGACAGGUCGAUUCAGCCUCAGGCGCCUACCCCUGAGUUCCAGGCCAACCUUUUGUCGAUCGAGGCAUGGGUUGACGAACAACCCAGAGAUCCCUUCUCUUGCGCAUACUGUGACCAGACAUUCAAUAGUACUGGUCAGUUGGUCAAGCAUUCCCGAGGAUGCUCUAGAGGAAUUCAGGACGAACAAGAAGCACCAAAUCUUGAGCAGGACACUGCUGAUCAAGAAUACUGGAACUCCGUUCAUAAGUGUGAGGAAUGCGGCCAGUCAUUUGCAAGAUCGGAUACUCUCGCUCUCCAUCAGAGAACGCAUACUGGAGAGAAGCCCUAUAAGUGUGACAUUUGCGGUCAGUCAUUCACACAGAGUGGCAAUCUCAAGACCCACAAGAGAACGCAUACUGGGGAAAAACCCUAUAAGUGUUCUUGCGGCCAAGCAUUUACAAGGAGUUAUAAUUUUAAGAAGCAUAAGAAGAGGCUUAACCACUGA